CUCAUCCAACUGAAUGAUGAUGGCUCAAUUCCUGAAACUCCUGAAAAUGUUUGGAAAGCUCUGAAUAAAUUUGGUAUAAAAAAGUUCAAGCCUGGUCAAGAGGAAGCCGUUAUGAGGAUACUGUGUGGUCAGUCGACGAUGGUGGUUCUAUCAACGGGGUCUGGUAAGUCCCUCUGCUACCAACUGCCUGCCUACAUGUACGCCUACAGGAGUCGGUCCCUCUGCCUCGUCAUCUCCCCGCUUGUCAGUCUCAUGCAGGAUCAGGUGGUCAUGGAUCUUCCAGCCUGCUUGAAAGGAGCAUGCAUACACAACAACAUGACCCCAGAUCAGAGGUCAAAGGUUAUAGAAUCUGCUAUCAGCGGAGAUCUUCACUUCCUUCUUCUUUCGCCGGAAAUGCUCGUCGGUGGUUCUAUUUUUGGAGAUAACGGGAAAUUCCCACCAAUUUCAUUUGUGUGUAUUGAUGAGGUGCACUGCCUGUCUGAGUGGUCCCACCACUUCAGACCAUCCUAUCUCAUGGUCUGCAAGACACUACGCGAAAGAUUUGGAGUGAGCGUCAUGUUGGGUCUGACAGCAACCGCCAACAAAAGCACGAUACGGAGUGUCUGUCAGAACUUCAACAUACCCGAACAUUCCGUCGUGAUGAACGCUCCCGUGCCCACCAACCUCAUGAUCACCGUCUCCAGAGAUGAAGAUAAGGAUGAAAUGCUCAUCCAACUUCUCAAGGGGAGAAAUUUUUCCGGCUGCUCUUCCAUCAUCGUCUACUGCACCAGGCGGGAGGAAACCGAAAGAGUGGCUACUAUUAUCAGGACCCCCAGGAGAAGCAAACCAACACAGACACGAAAGAAGAAAUCAACGAAAGCCUUAGGACUUUCUCUGGCAUGGAGUGCCGAAUGUUACCAUGCUGGUAUGACGCCUGCACACAGGAAGAGGGUACAAAAACAGUUCAUGGCCGGCAAGCUAAGAGUCAUCGUUGCUACUGUGGCGUUUGGAAUGGGAUUGGACAAGAGGGACAUCCGCGGUGUCAUCCACUACAACUUUCCUCGCACCAUUGAGUCCUAUGUCCAGGAGAUUGGAAGAGCUGGCAGGGAUGGCGGGAUUUCAUAUUGCCAUCUCUUCCUGGAUCCCACUGGCUCAGACCUAAGGGAACUGAAGCGCCACAUCCACGCUCGAUCGCUCGACCGCAUCACCAUCAAGAAGUUCGUUCUACGAGUUUUCCAACAGUGCAGCUGUCUGGAAAGUGAUGGCGCCGAUGACGUCAUUAAAGUGCUGAGGAGAUGUUUCGGCCAUGAGAGAGCCCUGUCCAUUGAGGAACUGGUCAAUAAGUUGGAUGUUAAAGAAGAAGGUUUAUCAACGCUGUUGUGCUACCUGGAGUUGCAUGAUUGCAGAUACUUGCGCAGUGACCAACCAACGUACAACACAUGCGUCAUCAGGUUUUAUUCGUCUGUCAACAUUUUGCUUGACGUCGUCAAGAAGUGUCCAGUGUUGGGCAUGUUACUGACCAAGCGACCUGACCUGCUAUCCUCCGCAAUGACGUCACGAAUCAUUGAAUUUGACGUCAUCCAACUGGCCGAUGACGUAGGCGUUCCUUCUUACGUCAUCAAGAGGCAAUUGAGGGAUUUACAAUUUAUAAAUGAUCACAAUGGAUGUCGACGUAGCGGCAUAAUCGUUGAGUUCUCCAACCUUUGCUAUCGCUAUCGCUGCAGAGGCGACUUCAGUGACGACGAAAUAGACGGAAUUGUCGAUUUUUUGUUCGAGAGAGUGGACGGCCAGGAAAGAACGGAGAUGUACCUUCUCUACAAAUUUUAUGAUAUGCUUAAAAGCGCCUCCUACAAAACAUGUUACUCCUGUGGUGAUGAGGAUGGUGUGGACGAGGAAAGGAUUGACAGCUUGCGGUUGAAGCUGCAGCACCACAUGGAGAAUUCAUCGGAACACGUCAUCAGCAGGGAGAAACUUCUCGAAACAUCCUCAGAACUGGCAACACCUCAAGAGUUGUCCUCAUUAAGAUCAGACAUUCGUAACUUCAUCAACACGUACAUGCAUGACCACAUGCUCACCGGAAGAUGUAUUGCUCGAAUCUUUCACGGUAUCGACAGUCCAUGCUUUCCCACUCAAGUCUGGUCUAAAGUUCGAAGGUACUGGAGGUGUAGCCUGCAUAUUGAUUUCAACAUCAUCAGAGUAACUGCCACACAAGAACUCAUCAACUGGAGAAGAUAACUUCUUUCUCUCUUUUUUUUUUUUCCUUUUUAUUGUUAUCUCUCUCUCUCUAUUUCUCUUUUUUGUCAAUUUUUUUCUCACUCUCUCUAUCUCUUUAUGAAUGUGCGUUUUUGACGUGUUAGUUUUAUAUCUUUUGAAAUGCCUACAGAUUUUAAGGACGUGUAUAUUUCCCAGUGAACAUACCUCAUACACAUUAGCAACAUAACCGAACAUUUAAUCAAAAUAUAACCACACCAUGGCGGUGAUAAAUUUAUUGACGGUUAAAUAAAUAAACCUUUGAAGUAAUUCUCACCAUUCAAAUUCGUUCUAAUAAAUGUUUGCCCACUUCGA